AUGGCGUCUUGGAUAUUCCAAAACUAUCUGGGAGGGAGUGGUAGUGAAGAAGCACCAAUAUUACAACAACAACAAGGAUCAUCGGACGAAUCAUCUCCAACUAUACAAUCACAAUCAAUCAUUAAUAGUAGUAGGGUUGAUAAUAAUUCAACCACAAUCGUUGGUCAACAACAACAACAAAAUUUUGAACAAACUUCUCGCAGAACACCAAAACAAAUUGAAUUGAACGUAUCGGAUCUUUUUCAUAGAAUUGAAACUUCAUCUCUUCUCGAUGAUAAAAUAGAUGCUCUAGAAAGUUUAAUUGAAUUAUCAUCUAGAGAUUACGAAAGUAAUGGAAAUCAUAGAGAAUUUAAAACAAUUUUACCUAAAUUAUUUAAUAUUAUUAAUCAAAAUGAAAAUGAAUCAUCAACAAUGGAAUAUUUAACUAUUGUUUCUAAUUUAACUCAAUUAGGACAUUAUGGGCAAAUUUAUCUUGACGCGCUGACCCAAAAACCAACCUAUGUAACUAUUAUAUUAUCACUUUUAAAUGAGAAUAAUUCUCAUAUUAGAUUUCAUUCAAUACAAAUUUUAACAAGUCUUUUAAAGUUUAAUCCUCAAGUAGUUCAGGAUUGUAUCUUGAGAGAAGCUGCAAUUCCUUUAAUCAUUUCAGUUUUUAAUAGUUAUGGUGCUUUGAGGAAUGAAGGAAUUAUUUUCCUGAAAAAACUAGUUGAAAGUAUUAGUGUUGAAGAGUCAUUAAAUACUUCAGAGUUGAAGAAAAUUUUAGUAUUUGAAGGAAUUUUUGAUAUUUUAUUUGGAAUUAUUCUUCAAGAAGGUGGCAAUCAAGGAGGAAUUAUUGUAUUAGAUUGUCUAGUUAUUAUUCACUAUCUAUUACAAAAUAAUGAAUUGAAUAGAAAACAAUUUUUAAUGCUACAAAAUGGAGGAAUGACCUAUUUACAUCCUCUUUUAUUAAUUCCAGAGGCUAUUAAAAAACAUUUAGCAGUUAAGAAACAUUCCGAUUCAGAAAAUGGUAAAGUUGGUUUUCUUCAAGCUUUUGCUGGUGUUGCCAUGACUUUGGUCUCGGGUGGUGGAUCAGAGACAUUAUCUUCACAUCUCAAUGAAGAUGAAAAUUCAAUGAAUCAUCAACCAACAAAAUUAUCAUCCCACAAUGAACAGGAAGAAGAAAAGGAUUUUAAAAAAAUUGCUAACAGCGAGAAGCAAUUAGAAAUCAUGUCACAAGUAUUGGAUAUUUUAUUAGAAUUAAUGAAAUCAACAAAAGAACCUGUUAAGGAAAUUAUUUGUAACGUCUCUUCUGGAAAGGGAGGUACAAAGUUUGUAAAUAAUUCAAACUCUAAUAUUCUUAUUCCAAUAUUAAGACUUUCAUUUGAUUAUACAUUUUCUUCAAUUUUAACAUCAGAAUCAGAUUUUUCAAUUCCAGAACUUAUUAGAACUAUAAUGUAUGAUAUUAAUAUGAAAUCUAUUUUCUUAUUGGGUCAUUUGCUAUUUAACAAUAGACCUGCUCAAGAAAUUAUGGAAUCCUACACAUUCCAAUAUCCAAAUAAUGUUAUUAAUGUACCUCAACAAGGUAAAACAUUAAUGUUUAAUGGUGUAUCAAAGGCAGUAUCUUCAGGUUCAAGUGGUAAUGGUGUUGUUCAUGCUCUAUUAUCUGAAGAAUCUGCAAUUAUUAGACUUUGUAAAAUUAUUCUCUAUUCUGAAAAUGAAUACAGAAGACAAUUAUCCUAUUCUACUCUUAGAAGAUUUUUACAUAAUAAUAAGGAAGGUCAAUUAUUGAUUGCUUCAACAGUUAAAGCACCAACAUUCAUUUCAUCUUCACUGGAGGAGAAUAUGUUGUGUGGUAUUAUUCUAUCUGAUGCUUUAUUCUCUCUUGAAAAACCAAAAUAUCACAUUUUAGAAUGUGUUCAUGCUGUUUCAAUUUUAAGUUCAAUUAUUAGACAAAGUACCAAAUGUAAAGAAAUUCUUUUGGAAAUUCCAUAUGAUGCACAAACUGGAGCUCAGCCAAAACCAUUCUUUACCUGUUUAGUUAAUGCUAUUGUUUAUGCAAUUAAGGCACGUAUUCAAGAUUACUAUACGAUUGCCCUGCUGAGAUUAUUAUGUGAAUGGAUUAAUGGUAGUUCUUCAUCUGCUAAAAAGUUUAUGGAACACAGUUAUUCUACUCUUUUAUUUUUCAUUGAAGUGAUUAAUUCUUCUCAAGGACUCAAUUCAAGCCCAAUUGUUCAAUCUCUCUGUUGUAUGCUUUUGGGACUUGUUUGCGUUGAAUAUGAGGAUCCAUCCAAGUUAAUAUCAAACUAUAGUUCAGAAGAAGAUAACCUUACACUUUCACCUGUUGGAAAAUUCUCAAAUCCAGAAUUUUCAAACAUUGAAAACAAUCAAGAAAAUACUCUUUUGAAAGAACUUGAAAAGAAUAAUAAGAAACUUCAAGAAGAAGAAAAACAAAAAAUCAUAAUCGAGAAGAAUCAAGAAAUUGAAAAGAGAGAAAUUUUAUUGAAAGACUGUAAAGAAAAAUUAAGAAUUGCGGAUGAAGAAAUUCAAAAACUUAGAGUUGAAAAGGAAAAUGCUCAAAGUGAAAUUAAUGAAACCAAUGAAUCUUUCCAAAAUCAAGUUCAAAAUCUCUCAACUGAAAAUCAAAGAUUAAAAACAAGAAUCACUGAUCUCUCUUCAAGACUUGAAACAAUUGAAGAAGAAAAAUCAAAAUUAUUAGAAACAAGUCAACAAUUAGAAAGAGAUUUAACACAUUCUCAACAAAAGAUUAAGGAAUAUAAAUCAAAUAUAGAAGGACUUGAAUCACAAUUAAGAACUCUUCACGAAAAUCUCGAACAUGAAACAAAAGAAAAACAAUUCAAGAAUAAUAUUCAACAAGAACAAUUGACAAAUAUUCAAAUGCAACUAAAACAAAAAGAUGAAGAUAUUGAAAAUAUUCUAAAAGAUAUUGAUCAUAAGGAAGUAAUUAUUAAGAAUAUGGAUAAUGAUAUUAAUAAUAUGAGAAAUCAAACAAUGGUUAAAGAUAAUCAAAUUUCAACACUAUUUACUGAGAAUGAAAAUUUGAAACAAUAUAUUGCACAAUUAACACUCAAUUUACAACAAGCUCAACAACAACAAAUUACUGCACAAGAAGCACUUGCUAAACAACAAAAAACAACAUCAGAUCAAGAAAAGAGAAUACAAGAACUUGAACAAGAUAAUGAAGAUAUGAUUGACAUUAUUGAAAAAUUAGAAGAAAAAUUAAAUCAAGCACAAAAACAUUAA